AUGGCCUCGAAUCUGUCCAUCCCCGUACCUCCACGUACGCCAACUCCUCCGCCAGAUGAACCAGCGGUGGACUCCUAUGCUGCCUCGAUGGACGUCUCGUCUGACUCCAAUUCCCUUUCUCCAAUGGUCGACACGUUCGCGUCAGGAGAUCCUUCCUGGAAUCCGCAACGACGAGCUAGUCAAGAUCUUUCCGGCCCCUUCAAUUUCAAACCCACUGUUCUCGCAAAAACUCCAAUUGCAAAAUCGGGGGUAGGACAGCGCCGCGGCCAUAAAUACAAGCAUAGCAGCGUAUCCCACCAGAUCUUCCUCGAACCUCCUCCAAGGGCACCAUUGGCGCUUCCCAACUCCUUACCUAUCCCAACGCUGAAGGAAUGUCGCGGUAGUAUGUCCAGGGAGCAAAAGAUUCGCUUUUGGUGGAGUGUAUGCCAUAUGGCGGUCGCCGGAUAUACUCUAUGGAGUGCUCAUGGAUCGAUGGCAAUGACGGGACUUUCACACCUUAUGCUCUUCGACUCUUUGGGAGCUAUGUUGUGCGUUGCAGUGGACGUUCUUGGGAAUUUUGAAGUUUGGAAGCGAUCUACUGUUCGUCACCCGUUCGGCCUUGAACGCGCUGAAGUAGUCGCUGGAUUCGCUCUUUCAGUCUUGCUCUUUUUUAUGGGCGGCGAUCUGAUAUCGCAUGCCGUCUCCCAUCUCUUGGAAACUUCAGACCACGGGGCUCAUCGACCACAUUCCCAUGAACGUGUUUCCCCAGGGAGCCUCGACAUCACCGUGCUCCUUGCCAUUGCGGCAACUCUUGUAUCCGCCAUUGGCCUCAAGAACCAUGCAAGAAUCGGAAAGGCGAUGCGCUUUGCGUAUAUGGAAUCGCUCCCUUCUGUUUUAAGCAACCCGGCGCAUUUCCUGACGCUUUCAUGCUCUACGAUCCUACUCCUGCUUCCCUUGUUAUCAGUGACUAUUUACAAGUGGAUGGACAGGGCGUUUGCGCUGGCUGUUGCUAUUGCAAUGUGUGCAUUGGGAAUACGACUCGUGUCAACCCUCGGCUCCAUGCUUUUGAUGUCGUAUUCUGGACCCGGAGUCUCAAACGUAAUGAAAGAUAUCGUCUCGCACCCAGCCGUUUCAGGCAUUGAAGAAGCGAAGUUCUGGCAGGUCCAUCAUGGACUCUGCAUGGCGAACCUUAAACUCAGGGUCAGUGGAACUGAGGAAAGCCUGGCGAGGUUGCGCGAACGGAUCACGAGUAUGAUCAAGGAGCAGCUUGGGGGAGUAUAUGGAGCCGGAGGCCAGAAAUGGGAGGUGUCCUUACAAUUGGAUGCUGAACAGUGA